AUGGGUAGAAUCCUAGAUGAAAAGAAAAUGGAGAAUAAUGAACGUACUCCAUUAAUCGCCACGGUCAUUGUUGGCCAGCCUCGACAGAGAUAUCAACAUAAUACCAUUCGUCGAUUCUUUACCAUCGCAGCAACUUGUUGUUUAAUUGUCGCCGUCGUCCUCUUCCUCCUCCCUCUGUCUUUUAUCCCUCGACACGACAAACAUUGGCACCACGAUAAACAUCACGGAGAAUCGUCUGCCAUCACUUACGAAGAGCUUCAACAAAUAUUGCUCGAUACGCCAAAGGCUGAAAAGGCAAGAGAAUGGAGUAAAUAUUAUACAUCCGGUCCACAUGUAGCUGGAACAAAUUUAAGUCAGGUUACUUGGACUCAAGAAAGAUGGCAGGAAUUUGGCAUUGAAUCGGAAGUCGUCGCAUAUGAUGUUUAUCUCAAUUAUCCUCGUGGUCAUCGACUUGCCUUGUACGAAAAGACAAAGGGCAAGGAUUCCAAGGUCGAAGAAUUGAAGAUUAAAUUUGAAGCUAGCUUGGAAGAAGAUAUUCUUGAAGAGGACGAAACUACUGGUUUGGACACCAGAAUCCCAACUUUCCAUGGAUACUCUGCAUACGGAAAUGUUACCGCACCAUACGUCUACGUCAAUUAUGGUACAUACGGAGAUUUCGAAGAUCUAGUACGACUCAACGUUAGUCUGGAAGGCAAAAUUGCUAUUGCAAGAUAUGGUGGUAUCUUCCGUGGACUCAAGAUCAAACGUGCACAAGAACUGGGAAUGGUUGGAACUAUUCUUUUCAGCGAUCCUGGUGAUGAUGGAUCAAAUACCGAGGAAAAUGGAGCUAUUGCGUACCCAGAUGGGCCAGCCAGAAACCCAAGUAGUGUUCAAAGAGGAAGUGCUCAAUUCCUUAGCGUCGCACCUGGAGAUCCAACCACAAUUGGAUAUCCAUCGAAACCUGGAGUGCCACGUCAACCUGUCGAUGGCAAAAUUCCUUCAAUUCCUUCUCUUCCAAUUUCUUACGUCGAUGCUUUGCCCAUUCUCAAGUCUCUAAACGGUAUCGGACCUGCACCAAAAGAUUUAAAUAAAUGGUGGGAUCGAAAUCUUGGCUUGGCAUACAAAGGUGUAGAAUACAACAUUGGUCCCUCGCCAGAUAAUCUCGUUCUCAACCUUGUCAAUGAUGUCGAAUACGUCACAACGCCUAUCUGGAACUUGAUUGGUGUUAUCAAUGGAACCUUGUCGGAUGAAGUUAUUGUCAUCGGAAAUCAUCAUGAUGCAUGGAUUGUUGGUGGUGCCGGUGAUCCAAAUAGUGGUUCUGCAGCUCUCAAUGAAGUUGUUCGAAGUUUUGGUGUUGCUGUUUCGAAAGGAUGGAAACCAUUACGUACCAUUGUAUUUGCCAGUUGGGAUGGUGAAGAAUAUGGUUUGGUUGGUUCAACAGAGUGGGUUGAAGAAUAUCUACCUUGGCUCAACAAUGCUAAUGUUGCCUAUAUCAAUUGUGAUGUUGGUACUAGUGGGCCUAAAUUCUCGGCAUCGGCAAGUCCUCUUCACAAUAAAGCUUUGGGUGAAGUCUUAAGCUUAGUUCAAUCACCAAAUCAAACAAUUCCAGGACAAACUGUCGGCGACCUUUGGAAUGGACUCAUUAGUACUAUGGGAAGUGGUAGUGAUUUUACCGCUUUUCAAGAUUAUGCUGGUAUUCCAUCGAUUGAUCUUGGAUUUGGACCAGAUGUUAAUCAUGAAGGUGGUGAAAAGGCUGUCUUUCAUUAUCAUUCUAAUUAUGAUUCAUUCUAUUGGAUGGAUACCUAUGGAGAUCCAGGAUUCCAUUACCAUGAAGCUAUGUCCAAGAUCUGGGCUCUUUACACGGCCAAGAUGGUUGAAUCACCGGUCAUUUCCUUUAAUGCCACUGAUUACGCCAAUGCAUUACAAGGGUAUAUCAGCAAAACCGAAGCCAAAUUGGACUCAAUCAUGAUUGGGUCUUCUACUGAAGAGCAAGAUGAAGAAGCUCGUUUCCGUCCUACCAGUAUCGAAACCAAGGGUGACAUCAACACCCUUAAACUUUCCUUCAAAGGUCUUCAUAAUCGUGCUACCGCAUUAAAAGAUGCUGCGAUUCGUCAUGAUUCUACUGCCGCCAUUCUUGCUGAACAAGUAGGUCAAGAUAUUCCAUGGUGGAAAAUAGUAUCCAAGGUCAAACUUUACAACCAGAUUCGAACUGUCAAUGAAAAAUACAAGUAUCUCGAGAGGAAAUUCUUAUAUCAAGAAGGUUUAGAUGGUAGAUCAUGGUUCAAACACGUUGUAUUUGCACCAGGAUUGUGGACUGGUUAUGCAGGUGCAGUUUUCCCAGGUUUGGUAGAAAGUAUUGAUUCGGAGGAUUAUGAGAAUGCGGAGAAAUGGAUUGGAAUUAUUGGAGAGUGUUUGGAGAGUGCAGCGGAGUGGUUGGCUUGA